AUGCCAAAGAGCAACAGCAGCAAGUUUGCCAUUCACAAUGUGGCAUCACGUAGCAUCUGCAUGUACUUUUUGCGAAGCCGCAUUAUAGAGGAAUCUAAUGAUUGCAGCCGAGCGAGGAUAUUCGCUCAAGUGUCGGCAGAAGCCACGGCUGCCGGCGAGGGCUCUGCUCAUCGGCAUCAGAUAGCGGAGUCGCCAGUGGUACAACAACAACAACAACAAGAAAACCCCAACACUGCGACAAGUGUUUCUCAAGUUAAUCUUGGGACCACAAGAGCAGGCCGUGUUAGACAGCGUAUUCAAUGGACAACGGAAAUGAAUGAAUAUGUCCUGCGCUGCUACUACAUUUCCACAAAUUGUGAAGAACCGGAGCACAUGACGACCUAUCGUGAGAGAAUGCUAGACCUGUUUCUAAGAAGAUAUAGACAUCUGAAUGGGAAGCUAACCGAAAAUAGCCUUGCUACAAGAAAAAAAGCAAUCUUCCAACACGAAUAUGUAAGAAAAGAAAAGCAAGAGGAAAUUAAAAGUGCAAUACGGAACGAGCUACGAGGAGUGGAAGGAAGCGAAGAAGAAAUAACACCAGAGAUAACCGAGGCACGCAACCCACAGCCUGAAGAUUUAGCGGAAUUUCCCAACGUACAACCUGAACUUAACUUGAUCUAUGAAAGUAUUGAAAGCGAUGGUCCAGAAACUAAUGAAGAAUGGGAGGUGAAAGAUAUUUUCCUUAAUUAUCUGGCGAAUUAUGAAGGUAUGGAUCCUUUGCUAAGACCAAGGAUACCCCGAUUAGGCGAAUCGGAAAAAUUAAACGAAGUGGUUAAAACACUUAACUCGAAAAUUCUGCCAGCAUAUGUCGCCAAUAGCACCAACUUGGAAUAUGUUAACACUCUCUUUUAUGUUUCUGCUCUUACUACUGUACGAUUACUGGGGAAGCACCCAAAGGUACAGACAUUUAAAAAUAAAACAACGCAAAAAACGCCAGUAGUCCCCAGGUGGCAAAGAAGACUCGAAACACGAAUUGCCGGUCUAAGAGAAUCUAUAGGGAGGCUUACUUCAUUUAAAAAUGGGGCUAAAUCUAAAAGGUUGUUAAGGCAUGUAUCUAGUAUCAUCACGCCGCUUAAGCCUCAGACUGUGGGUCUUGACCAAUUAUCAGAGAUAAUUGAUAGGAAAGUACAGCAACUCGCCGCUUACUCAAAGCGAUUAAGAAGAUACCUCAAAAGUAAUCAGAGGCGGAAGGAAAACCAGCUUUUCCACAAAAAUCAAAAAAGCUUUUAUAGAAAUCUGCAACAAAACAGCAAUGCAGAAUCUCAGAUAUUAUAUCCACAACAACAAGAGUUAGAGCAGUUUUGGGAGAAAAUAUGGGCACAAGCAAAACUCUUCAAUGCUGAUGCGAAUUGGUUAGCCAAAGAAAAAGAAAAAGCGGAUAACGUUGCACCAAUGCACUUCUACGACAUAACAGCAGAAGAAAUAAAGAAUAAUAUAUAUGUGCGUCCUGCGCUACUGCCACCAACAACUCACGAAAAGAAAGCGAACACGGAAGUAACGCAACUACCCAGCGCGGCUGCAGGCUGCAGUAGUACACAGAUGAUGAAUGGACAUGGUGGCCAAUUUCGUUUCGCAUUCGCAUUCCCAUUUCACGCUUUCAAGUUCAACUUCAAUUGA